AUGGCGUCAGGGGAAGCAGAGCCGCUGCAGUACACGACCACCACACUGCGGGUGUCCAUCCACUGCGAGGGCUGUAAGAAGAAGGUCAAGAAAGUGCUCCACAGCAUCGAAGGCGUGUACAAGGUGACGGUGGACGCGGCGCAGCACAAGGUGACCGUCACAGGCAACGUGGAAGCUGAAGCGCUCCUCCGGCGGCUGCACAAGGCCGGCAAGCAGGCGGCGCUCUGGCCUUCGCCGGCGCCGGCGCCGGCACCCGUCGAGGCCAAGAAGGCCGAGGAGGCCGCGCCUGCUGCGCUGCCAGUGGCAGCUGGGGAGAGCGGCGCAAAGGACGCAAAGCCCAAGGAGGCGGAGGCGGCGGCGAAGGAUAAGCCCCCUGAGAAUGGCGAGGGCAAGGAGAAGAAGCCGCCCAAGGACAAGGGCUCUGACAAGAAGGCCGGCAAAGGCGAGGCUGCGGCGAAACCCAAUAAGGACGAGGUCAAUAAGGACGCCGAGGUGAUAACCGAGCCCAAGGAGACGAACAAGUGCUACCCUGAGCCGGCGAAGCAAGACGCCGCCGAGGAGGCGGGCGCGGAGGAGUCCAACGGCGGCGGCGGCAAGAAGGGCAAGAAGAAUAAGAAGAGCAAGCCAAAGGACGGCGACGAGGGGGAAGCCCCGGCCCCGGCAGCGCCCGAAAAAAAGCCACACCAACCACCGGUGCCAGCGCCGUCGCCGGGCCCCGAGCGCCCGCCGCACGCCGCGUUCCCGUACUACGCGGCGCAGCCGGUGCUGAGCUACAACGUGGCGCACCCGAGCUCCAGCGUGUCGUACUACGCGCCCACGCCCGUGGUGCCCAUGCACCCAAUGCCGCCGCCGCCGCAGGUGGUGCCCUAUGGGUACCCUCCUUACCCGCCAAUGGUGCCGGUGCCGGCGGAGUUCCUGUACGGCCCGCCGGGCAUGCGGUCAUCCCCGCCGCAGGAGUCGUACAACAUGUUCAACGAGGACAACGCCAACUCGUGCAGCGUCAUGUGA